AUGAUCGUUCACUUUCCCGACGUGUUCGGGGCCAACGGAAUGUCAUGGGACGGCCUCGUAUCAACUAUCGACAUUGUGCCCACUACAUGUAUCUUGGACUACGCCGGUGUUGCUGACUACUACGACAUGGAUGGAAAGUCGUGGAAAAAUGCGGUUCAGAACAGUGCUAGGUUGGAAUUCUGGCGUGAUGAGCGCUGCCUCGUCUUCGAGCUAGACCGUGAUCGUGCAGUUCGCUGUGGGUGUGACAAGUACAUGGAACUCCCCGACUUGCUUCAAAGCGAGAAAGGCAGGAUCAACGACGAUGGCGUCUAUCAGGACGAGGAGCUCUUGUUCAAUGUCUGCGACGACACUGGCGUGUCUGUCCCAUCGGGCGCUGCUUCACCGGAAGUCAAUGACCUGAAGAGUUCCAAGCCAGGGAAACACGCCGCUAUGAAAUCCAUUCUUUACAAUCACAUUGAAUACACUCAGGCGGACAAUGAUCCUAUGGAGUUCACACCUAUUCAGCCCUAA